CCAAGGACUAUAUUACUGAGCGCAACAGCAAUUCCUGGGAUUUUAUAACACGGCAAUAUACCCUUUAUUUGCCAAAAAUGAUCAAACACAACGCUUAACAAUUUACGAUAUCCAUUGCCUGCUGAAUUUACUACAAGGAAAAUUUUUAGGUGUCUACGAAGUUUAUUCAGGUUUAAAGAUAAGUGAACAAUGAAUUCUGUGCACCAACAGGCCAAAAGGAAUCUCUUGCUCUGGACGCUAAUAGCGGCUGCCGUGGGUUUAGGAAUUGGUAUGAUAAUUGGAAGAUUUGGAUUCUGUACGGAGGACGGUAAUCAAAAUGUUUCAGGAAUACCAGAAAGCCUUGUUCAAGAUGGAGACCCAACCAUCUCUCCCGAGAUCAUCAGUCAGAUUAGGAGUGAAAAUAUUCGGCAAUAUUUGCGAGAACUCUCUGAAUACCCUCAUCUCGCUGGAACAGAUGCAGAUUACAAACAGGCUAAGGAGCUUCAUGACUUCUGGAAAUCGGUGGGUCUUGAUGAAGCUUUCAUCACACCAUAUGAUGUACUGCUUUCCUAUCCUGAAACAGAGGACGAAAGCAAGAUGAAUCGGAUAUUUGUCUACAAUUCUACAAAUCAGAUAGUUUGGGAGUCCGCUCUGUACGAACCAAUUCUGGAUCCCAGCGAAAACAAGUCAAAUGUGGUACCCCCAUUCAAUGCCUACUCUGCACCUGGCGAUAUAAGUUCAAUGGAACUUGUAUACGUAAACUAUGGACGGGUGGAGGAUUAUAGGUGGCUGGCAAACAGUACGAACAUCAACGUAACAGGAAAAAUCGUACUGGCUCGAUACGGCAAAAUCUUCAGAGGCGACAAGGUCAAUCAAGCCUACCUUCAUGGAGCUAUAGGAAUAAUAAUCUACUCAGAUCCAGCGGAUUACGCUGUUGACGGUGAGAAUUCACAGGUUUACCCCCACGACUGGUGGCUUCCAGACACGGGCACACAGCGGGGGACAAUAUUUCUUGGACAAGGAGAUCCUCUUACUCCGGGUUACCCUGCUACAGAGAAUGCAUAUAGAUUGAAUGAAAGCGAUUCAGAGGCGGAGCUUCCAAAGAUUCCUUCUCAUCCGAUUGGAUAUGGUGUUGCCAAAACACUUAUUGGAUAUAUGAGUGGAGCAGAGGUCCCACAAAGCUGGAAAGGAGCACUCAAUAUAACUUACAAAUAUGGCGGACAAUUAGGCAACUCUGGAUGGCGGAUAAGAAUACGAAUUUCUACGAAGAAUAGUAAAAGAAGAACCUACAAUGUUUUUGGGAUCAUCCGGGGAAGAAUUGAGCCUGAUAGGUAUGUGUUGCUAGGCAACCAUCGUGACGCGUGGGUGUUUGGAGCGAUCGAUCCAUCCAGUGGAACUGCUGUGAUGAAAGAGGUGUCCCGAGUAAUGGGAAACCUUGCUCGAACAAACAGGUGGCGUCCACGGAGAACGAUUGUUUUUUGUAGCUGGGGCGCGGAAGAGUAUGGACUUAUUGGAUCUACAGAAUGGAUAGAGCAAUAUGUGAAAAAUCUUGGAUCUCGGGCUGUUGCCUACUUGAAUGUGGAUAUUGCAGUGCAAGGUAAUUACUCACUUCGGUCGCUUGGUACACCUCUGUUAAACUCUGUUAUUUACGAUGCUACAAAGAAGGUUCCAAACCCGGAUGAGCAGGAAUUAGCAAUGAAAACCGUCUAUGAUAAAUGGCUGUCUAGUUUCCCCGAUACAGACAAUAAGCUUCCAAGAAUUUCUAACAUGGGGUCUGGAAGCGAUUAUGCCCCGUUUAUACAACGUGUUGGUUUACCAUGUCUGGAUAUACGAUAUACGUUCGAUUCGAAUAAAUACAAGAUUUCUUCCUAUCCCCUUUAUCAUUCGAAGUACGAGACUUUUAAGGUGGUGGAUGAGAUUAUGGACCGCGGUUUCAAGCGUCACCGGGCAGUUGGACAAACGUGGGCGGAGUUAGCACGGAACCUUGCUGACUCCCUGAUUAUCCCUUUCAAAGUUGAAGACUACGCCCAUAAAUUGCAGAGCCUUGUUAAACAACUUGAUUCUGAUUUUGGAGCCUUAAUGAGAAAAAACGGAAUUCAAUUAGAUCUACUUUACAACGCUUCAAGUUUAUUUACGUCAGAGACAACAGCUUUUCAGAAAUCUGUAGACUCCGUAAACAAAAAGGAUCCCUUUGCAAUUAGAAAAAUAAACGACCAGCUCAUCCAGUUAGAGAGGGCAUUCAUAGAUCCUCAAGGUCUACCAGGGCGCCCAUUGGCCAGACACGUUCUGUUUGCGGAGAGCAGUGUCAAUACGUACGCUGGUAGCAGUUUUCCAGGGCUGGCGGACGGAAUGUUUGAGAUUGAAGGAAGUCCAGAUGAACAAAGGAGAUGGGAAAUAGUGAAGAAACAUUUUACCGUAAUUCUUUAUACAAUCGAGUCAGCGGCCUCUACUCUUCGCGAAGCGUCCAGAUUCAUGCCGUUGUAGGAAGGGACAGUGUGUGAAAUAUUUUAGGAUAAUAAAGUUUGUUUCGUUUUAGAAAAUAAUUGCAUACACUGGUGUUUUUAUAAUUAUUAUCAUUUUCUUGUAAAUAUUCAUUUCAGAAUCAAUGCAUGUUCAUUAUGUGCAUUUUCCUUCUUUUCAUUUUAUUAUUUAGAAUAGUUCAGAUAUAUACAAUGUACAGUAAAGUAAUCAACUGAUUUUUAUACAAUAUACAGUAAAGUAAUCAACUGAUUUUUAUUUCUUGGUGACUAGUCAACCUAAUUUGUCAACUUCCAGCAAAAAUAGUGCCCUCUCUAUUUCUUAUCGUAACUUAGUAAUUGGAACAAAUAAUAGUAUACAUCAAUGCUUCCUCUGAGGUUUAAUAGCAGGUAAAAGAAGAGAGGUGAUAUCAUGAUACCAAGGUGAAAACAAAGACAUUAACAAGCUAAAUUGGAAAUAAUUUGAAAAAAAAAUAUACAAAUGAUUAAUGAAUUUCUUUAUUUGCUAUUUUCUUACAAAUACCAGUUUUCUGUUCUCGUGUAUAGAAUAUCUUUGCUGUGGUCUAUUUGAUGUAUCUGUAGAAUCGAGUAGUGUAAAAAUGGAAUAGGCAAAAUAUUGUUUUGGAUUUAGGUUUUUUAACGUAAUUUAAAGCAACUUCUUUAUUUGAUUGUAUACAUAUAUUAUGUAUCUUAGUUAAAUACUAGUAAGGUGUUUUGGAGCACAAUUUUUCAAUUACAUGUAAAAUAGAUAUUGGCUAAUCCGAAUCCCCACUAUUUUUCAAUUUUCAUAAAUUUUUGGAUAAUACUUGUAAAAAAUUAUGAAGGGGAAAGAAAAAUGUGAUCUAAUAAAUCCUUUCGAUCUUUAUAUAUAAGACAUAUAAGCAAAAUAUAUCUGAAUAUUUUAUUUAGUCAGAAAUCAGACAAACUUCAAGGUCCGAGGCCUAGGGCAUGAGGAAACAAGAUGUGUUUGUGAAACACUGAUGGCCCCGUAUGCUGAUGGCGAAGGUUAAAGUUUCUCAGAUGCAAGUCAAACUCCAAGGUGAAGGAUAAGAGAUCGAAAUACUGCAAAGAAAGGUUUUGUAACAAGGAAUACUCCUAUGAAGUUUAAUAGCCUUAGCCCAACCAUUCAAAAUUAUGGCCAAGAUUAAAGUUUUUCAAAAGUAGGUCAAACUCCAAGGUCAAAAAUAUUUGUACCCAAGGAAAGAUCUUAUCACAAGGAAUACACAUGAGAAGCAUGAAAGCCCUAGCUCCUAAUAUUCAAAAGUUAUGGUCAAGAUUAAAGUUUUUUCAAAAGUAGGUCGAACUCCAAGGCAAGGUUAAAAGGCCUUGACACAAGAAAUACACAGGUAUAAUAUGAAAGCCCUAGCUCCAACCAUUUAAAAGUUAUGGCUAAGGUUAAGGUUUUUCAAAAGUAGGUCAAGCUCCAAGAUCAAAAACACUUGUCACCAAAGAGUUACAAAAGUGAAAUAGGAAAGCCGUAGCACCAACUGUUCAAAAGUUAUGGCCAAGGUUAAAGUUUGGUAAAUUUUUCAAAAGUGGGUCAAACUCCCACGGUCAAGAGGUCAAAUAUGUUGGUACCCAAAGAAAAUUUUUGCCACAAGGAAUAUACAUGUGAAAAGUCAAGGCAUAGUUCCAACCAUUCAAAAAUUAUGGGCAAGGUUAAAAAAAUUUUUUGCGUACAAACAGAUUAACAGUUUAACAGACAAAGAGACAUACGGAUGGACAGAGCGAAACCUAUAUGCCCCCGAAUCUUCUAUUACGGGGGCAUAAAAAAUGUACCCAAAGAAAGGUCUUGUCACAAGGAAUAAGUAUGCGAAAUGUAAAUACCCUAGCACCAACUUUUUCAAAAGUAGGUUAUGUUAUGAGGUCAAAAUGUUGAAGAAAUGUCCUUAUAAUCAGCCUUGAAAUAUAAAAGCACUGACAAGAACCGCUCAAAAGUUACAGGCAAUAUUAAAGGUUUUGUGACCAAACAGAUAAACAGACAAGCAGACCAAAAAGUACGCCCUCAAAUCUUUGAUUACGGGGGGCAUGAAUAUUAUUUGUCAAUUUUUAGGAUAUUUUGGUCAAGCCAUUCUAUUCAACUUCUAUUUAAGUUCCUGCUUUGAGAAAUUAUUUGUGAUGUCGUGAAGUGUCGUCUGGCGGUUUUAAACAAAAGAUGGUUGCACUUUCUCUGAACAGCUAUUGAAAAUCAAAUUUUAAACACAAAAUCGUAUAUGGAUAUGUGAAAGUUCGGCGAUCUCAAUCUUCUGGAUCCAUUUUAAUUGUAUAAAAAUUGGCAAGAUGAAAGGCAUGGGAUAAAGAAUUGCCCACCACUUCUUAUAGUCCGAAUACUAUUAGUCAAUAAAUAGGUGUUUUAUUCCGAAGUAGACAUUACUUGUGUCACGUUACAAUGCAGAGAAAAUCAGAAAAGUUCCAAGAUAAAAAGCGAGGGAAAUCAAAUGCUGCCAGUGAAUAUUCGACGGCUAUAUCACCAUGGGCAUAUAGCACAAAAACUAUAUUUCAUGGUAGAGACUUUUUAGAAACAAUAGCAGGUUUAUUUGUCAUAUCAUUAUUUAAAAAAUAUACAAAGGUAUUAUGAAAAUUCAAAUACAUAUAGUACAUGCAGUCUCCUUGUAUAUAAAAUCAGUAUAAGUUUGAAGUGAAUGAUAUCAGUAUAUGUAUAUGUAUUUAAUUCAGUAUAUACAUGAACUGUUGUACAGAAUUUUUGUAUUUCGAGAGAAAAUACUACUAUAAAUUGCAUGAUGUGUUGAUUCAACUUCAUUGUCGAUAUUGAUGUUAUGUACUGCAUGUACCGGUAUUUCAUCUGUGUAUUCGCCUAUCAAGGAUGAUCUGGCAGCAAAUGAAUGUACAAUAUAUAACAGUUUGAUCAA